CCCGCUCCUCAUGGCGGCCGCCGCCAUGUCGCUGCCCCCCGAGCGAGCCUCGGAGCUGCGGGAGCUCAUCCAGCGGCAGCUCGUCAAGAUGGAUGUCCAUGGCAGGAUCAGAGAAGUUCUUGCUGAGACUAUACGUGAGGAGCUAGCACCUGAGCAUCAACAGUUGUCCACAGAAGAUCUGAUAAAAGCAUUAAGACAACGAGGAAUUGUUGAUGAUGUUAUGAAAGAACUUAAAUUUGUAACUGAUGUGAAUGACAAGGAGAGGAUUUCUGCUUCAAAACCAUCAACACAUUUUGUUGCUAGAGAACCACCAGUUCUGAAAAAAACUAACAUUGACCCAACACGAAGGUAUCUUUACCUUCAGGUUCUGGGUGGGAAAGCUUUUCUGGAACAUCUUCAGGAACCAGAUCCUCUGCCUGGCCAAAUCUGUUCUACUUUCAGUCUGUGUUUACAUUUCCGAAAUCAGCGCUUCCGUUCUAAACCUGUUCCCUGCGCCUGUGAGCCAGACUUUAAUGAUGGCUUUUUACUUGAAGUACACAAGGAUAGCCUAGGUGACGGAAGUAAAAUGGUGGAUGCAACCACCAUGUUAUCUAUAUGUGAUCCAGUGCACUUGGUUCUGAUCAAAACAGACGCGUUUGGUGAGACAACCCUAGUAGCAUCCUAUUUCUUGGAGUGGCGAUCUGUCCUAGCUGCAGAGAACGGCAUAACAAACAUUGCUGUUGAGCUCCUGGGUGUAGGUACAGAAUCAAAGGUUUCUGUUGGUGUUUUGAACAUCAGACUUGAAAUGUAUCCUCAACUUAGUAAGACGCUGUCUCCAGAAAUAACUAAUACUCAAUUUACUUUGGAACGUCAGAAGACAGCAGAAAAAGAACGAUUGUUUCUUGUGUAUGCUAAACAGUGGUGGAGAGAAUACCUUCAGAUUAGGCCUACACACAACACGAGGCUAGUAAAGAUUUUUGCACAGGAUGAAAAUGGAGUAAACCGUCCAGUGUGUUCGUAUAUCAGACCGCUUCGAGCAGGCCGCUUGCUAGACACACCUAGGCAAGCAGCGCGGUUUGUCAGUGUCCUGGGUUAUGAAAGAGCUCCUGUCAUUGGAGGAGGUGGUGGCAAACAGGAACAGUGGUGCACCCUUCUUGCUUUCAUAUGUAGAAACAAGCUAACAGUUGUGAAGAACAUAAGAGGAAAAAAUAUUAGACAUUUAAAAUUGGUAGCAGGUGACUGUGAAGAUCAUGCUAACCUUCUGUGCAGCCUUCUUCUUGGGUAUGGAUUGGAGGCCUUUGUGUGCGUGGGAACAAAAGCAAAAGGAGUCCCCCACACUUGGGUAAUGACUUGUGGAACCGACGGAACGAUUACCUUUUGGGAGAGCCUAACGGGGCAUAGGUAUAUCCACAGGCCUAUCAACCCUGACGACCCUCCGCUAGUUGAACAGCCCAAGCCAUUGUAUCCCUAUCGCACAAUAGGUUGUGUCUUCAACCAUCAGAAGUUCUUUGGAAAUUGUCAGCCCACUGAUGCUGUGGAGGUCUGCGUGUUUGACCUGCAUGACGAGUCUAAAUGGAAGCCCAUGAGUGGAGAAGCAAUAAAAUCUGUGUGUUCUCCUGGAGCAGCGUCUUCAGUUCCCCCUUUUCCUCCUUUGUGUGCUUCUGCAAUAGAUGCUGCAGUAACAAGCAACGAGAUAGAAUUGCAGCUGAGAUUACUGGUCUCGGAACACAGGAAGGAUCUUGGCCUUUCUACUGUUUGGGAUGACCAUCUAUCCUAUCUGUUGUCACCAGCGUUAGCAGCCUAUGAGCUUGAACGUACCACGAGCGUUUCUGCUGGAAACGAAGAGUUUCAAGAUGCUGUACGAAGAGCAGUACCUGAUGGUCACACAUUUAAAGGCUUUCCUAUCCAUUUUGUAUACAGAAAUGCCAGGAGAGCAUUUGCCACGUGUCUUCGGUCUCCUUUCUGUGAAGAAAUAAUCUGUUGCAGGGGUGACCAAGUGCGACUUGCAGUUCGUGUACGAGUGUUUACAUACCCUGAAUCUGCAUGUGCUGUUUGGAUCAUGUUUGCUUGUAAAUACCGCUCUGUCCUUUGAAAAACAAAAUCAUGCAUGCCUCUUUGGAUCUGCAAAAUAAUGUAUCUGCAUAUCAUAUUAUGCAAUUAAACUAAUAUUGUAUUUUGUAUAGAUGCCACCAAUUUUGAAUACUGCAUUGUGUGAAGUGAAUUGUAUACACGAUGAUAAUUGUAUUUAUAAAGAGUUUAUUUUAAUAAAAGCACCUUUAAUAC